AUGGGUUACGAACAAAUUGAUUUAGCUGCGGCGCAAAAACUGGGUCUAGCGGUGUUUAGAGUCGCCAACUACUCGGCCGAGUCGGUCGCCGAACACGCUUUAACUUUAAUGCUAGCCGUUAACCGCAAAUUGCCGCUCGCCAAAGCGCGCAACUCCAAGUGAAACUUUUCGCUGGUCGGUCUCCAAGCAUUGAUGGUCAAAGACGCGGUCGUGGGCAUUGUCGGAGCGGGUAAGAUCGGUCUCAGUUUAAUCAAGAUUUUAAACGCGAUGGGCGCUCGUACACUGGUCUUUGACCAGUACGCCCGCAAAAACUUCCCCGAGCACGCCGGCGACUACGGCUUCACUUACGUUUCGUUUAACCGUUUGCUAACCCAAGCCAGUUUCAUUUCUUUGCACGCUCCUUUAACCGAAGCAACCUACCACAUGUUCGACCGAGAAGUUUUUAAAAAAGUCCGCCCCGGCCUGAUUUUGGUUAACUGCGCCCGCGGCGAACUAGUCAAAACCAAGGACUUAGUGUGGGCGCUUAAGAAGGGUAUUUUAGGCGGAGCCGGCCUAGACGUACUCGAACGCGAGCGCGACCGGUUCUUCUGCGAUUUACAAACUAAAGCUAAACGCCUAGCUAAAGAAGAUCCCGACUGGAACUACUUACUCCAGGCCGAGAACGUAAUUUUGACCGCUCACCAAGCUUAUUUCACCAGCGCAGCGCUUGAUCAAAUCGCUUUGCUGACGCUCCAAAAUGCUAGCGCGGCCGAGAAAGCUGGUUCGUUUGAUCCGUGGCACGCGGGUCACCAAGCGGUGCUUGACCACGCACUUGAAAUUUUUAGCCAGGUGAUCGUUUUGGUGGCUAAAAACCCAGCUAAGCAACAAACUCCUUUGGCUAAACGCUUGGCCGACGUCAAAAAGCAAGUGGUCCACCCCCGGGUGCUAGUCGAUGCGCUUGGUCAAGGUUACGUGGCUGAUUACGCCAAGCGAGCCGAAAUUAACUUUUUGGUCCGCGGUGUGCGCGGCACGGCUGACUGGGAUUACGAACGAGAGCUGGCGCUUGCUAACCAAAAAAUUAACCCGCGUCUAAAGACGAUUUUCUUUUUAGCCGGACCUGAGCAAGCAAACUUAUCUAGCUCGGCUUUGCGUCCCUAG